CCCACCAGUGCCUAUCAGUGCCGCCCAUCAGUGCCCACAAUUGUGCCCAUGAGUGCCCAUCAGUGCUGCCAGUCAGUGCUGUCAUCAGUGUCGCACAUCAGUGCCCAUCAGUGCUGCAUAUCAGUGCCCAUCAGUGCCGCCUAUCAGUACCCAUCAUUGCUGCAUAUCAGUGCAGCAUCAGCAGUGCCUGCUCAUCAAUUCCCACCAGUGCCGCCUCAUCAGUGCUGCCUAUCCAUGCCACCUCAUCAGUGCCCAUCAGUGCUGCCUAUCAGUGCCCAUCAGUGCUGCCUGGCUUUGCAGCCUCAU